AUGCCGAAGAAAAAUGGCAAUGAUGUUGCUCAUAGAGCAUGGAACAUCCUGCGCCUAGCAUUGUUGUGGGCAAGAAAAGGUGGUGUUUUCAAGAGGCGUUUGAUAAUGGAUCAUCUACGAGUUGUGCGUAAGUUUCUUAAAAGCCUGGGACAACAUACUUCUCGCAGGCGCCAGCUAUAUUAUGGAGAGCACGAACUCUCUUUCGACAAGACCCCCAUUUUCCACGUCAAGAUGCAUCGCCCAGCCUCCAUGCGAUUCAACAUCCCUUGCAUAACCCCACAGGUUGACUUUGACUACGAUUUUGAUGGUGAAGUUUGCGAAGAUGAUAUUCAGCAAGAUGGAUCAGUUUAUGAGUGCUAUGAUGGAAUGAGGAGGAGUUUCUUAUUAAAAGGUGGAGAUGAAGAAGAAUACGAAACUUGUGAAGAGAAAAUUCCAGCAGAGGAAGAAGGGAUUGAUAUGAGAGCGGAGGAGUUCAUAGCUACGUUCCGCCAGCAAAUGAGGCUUCAAAGACAGAUCUCGUAUCUACAGUACCAUGAAACACCCAAAAAAGGAACAAGCGGAUGA